UUCAAAAUAAAUAAUCUUUAGAAACAAAAAAAAUUGCAGAGAGAGAGAAGGAGAAGACGACGAAGACAAGACAGAGAGAGAGAAGGGGACGACCGUUUUUGUCAACAGAGAGAGAGAGAGAGAGAAGAAGAAAGAGAGACGGAGACAACAAUGGCGGAGGAGAAUAGAGAGAAGAAUGAAGGAGAAGAACGAGAAGAGAGCGUUAAGGUGUUCGUCGGACAAAUACCGAGACACAUGUCGGAAUCUCAGCUUCUUACAUUGUUUCAAGAGUUCGCUGUCGUCGACGAGGUCAACAUCAUCAAGGACAAGAUCACACGCGCUUCUCGAGGAUGUUGUUUUGUGCAAUGUCCAUCGAGAGAGGAAGCAGAUAAGCUGGUCAAUACUUGCCAUAACAAGAAGACAUUACCUGGGGCAGCUAGUCUGUUACAAGUAAAGUAUGCAGAUGGUGAAUUGGAAAGGCUAGAGCACAAGCUUUUUGUUGGUAUGCUUCCAAAGAAUGUCUCUGAAGCUGAACUUCUUUCGUUAUUCUCCAAGUUCGGGACCAUAAAGGAUCUACAGAUUCUUAGAGGUGCUCAACAAACAAGCAAAGGUUGUGCUUUUCUGAAGUAUGAGACCAAAGAACAAGCUGUUUCUGCCAUGGAAGCUAUCAAUGGAAAACACAAAAUGGAGGGUUCAACUGUUCCUUUAGUUGUGAAAUGGGCAGACACAGAAAGGGAGAGACACACAAGAAGACUUCAAAAGGCUCAGUCUGACAUGGCUAGAUUAGCUAACUCUGAUCCAACAAAUCCCUCAUUGUUUGGAGCAUUACCCAUGGGUUAUACUCCACCAUAUAAUGGUUAUGGUUAUCAUCAGGCUCCUGGAACUUAUGGUUACAUGCUACCACCAAUACAGAGCCAAGCUCCAUUACCCAAUAUAGGUAACAACAACACGUUGCAAAGAACCUCACCUGACUCUGUGCCACCUCGUUUGGCCCGUAGAAACUUUCCUUUGGGCUCUGGUUUUCCCCCUGUACGUGGUCUCCCUUAUCCAUUGACUUAUCCUAGAGGGAUUAUCAGUCCUCGCCUUCUGAGUAACUCUCCUGGAUCUAUAUCACCUGGCAUCACCCACAGAGGCGUGUCAACAACACCUCCAGGCAUCAGUUUGAGUUCCAUUGUUCAAACCGAAGGUCCGGAAGGUGCGAAUCUGUUUAUCUAUAACAUACCUCGUGAGUUUGGGGAUCAAGAACUCUCCGCUGCAUUUCAGCCUUUUGGUAUUGUUCUGAGCGCCAAGGUUUUUGUAGACAAAGCCACUGGUGCAAGCAAGUGUUUUGGUUUUGUUAGUUAUGACUCACAAGCAGCAGCUCAGAAAGCUAUUAACAUGAUGAAUGGUCGCCAUUUAGGCGGUAAGAAACUGAAAGUCCAGCUUAAGAGAGACAACAACAACAAUGGUCAACAGAAUAGUUUAAACUCCUAAAACUCGAAAGCUGUAACUUCCUCUGCAAAUAACAAUUUGUAAUCUAUGUGCAUUAUUGAAAUUCAUGUAAACAUUUUAUGAUUUAUUAACAUUAAAUUCAUUGAAC